CAUGCUGGGGUUGAUGGCUGCCGCCUCGCAAGCCCUUCCUUUGGGCUUACUACACCAGAGACCUCUGCAGGCCUGGUUCAAUGCCUUCGCGUUGCACCCGCGGAGAGACAAGCACCUCAGGUUGAGGGUAUCCCGAACCUGCUGGGAGGCAUUACGCUGGUGGAAAGUUCAGUCGAACAUCCGCCAGGGCGUGCGCUUGGGUCCCAUCUUCCGAAGGGAAGUUAUCACAACCGACGCUUCCAACCAAGGUUGGGGAGCAGUCUGGAACGGGACAGGGACCCGUGGAGUGUGGUCAGGACCCUGGAGGUCAGCCCACAUCAACGCUCUGGAACUCAGAGCAGUGGACCUCGCCCUUCGGCACUUCUUGCCAGUGCUUCUAGACAAGCACGUGUUAGUGCGGUCAGACAACACCACAGUAGUGGCGUAUAUCAAUCGCCAGGGCGGAUUGCGGUCCCCCGGUCUUCACCGGAUGGUAACGCGGCUGUUGCUCUGGGCUCAACCGCGUUUAGCCUCUCUGCGUGCAGUUCAUCUGCCGGGCAGAGUCAAUUACGCAGCGGAUCUCCUGUCCAGAGGAGGUCCUCUUGCAGGCGAAUGGCGUCUUCACCCUCGGGUGGUAGAGCGCAUCUGGGAAUGGUUCGGCACAGCGCAAGUCGAUCUCUUCGCUUCGCGAGAGACCACGCACUGCCCCCUAUGGUUCUCGGUGAAGGACCUCGACAGCCCCCUGGGGGUGGAUGCACUGGCUCACGAAUGGCCGCCAGGGCUCCUGUAUGCCUUUCCACCGAUUCCGAUGCUCCCCGCCUUCUUGGAGAAGGUCAGGGUAGAGCGAGCGACAGUGAUUCUGAUCGCUCCUCGGUGGCCUCGGAGAAUAUGGUUCCCGAGUCUAGUGCAAUUACUGCACGGCCGCCCGAGGGAGCUCCCUCUGCGAGCGGACCUGUUGUCCCAAGCUCAAGGAGAGCUUUGGCAUCCGAACCCCAAACUCAUGCAGCUAUGGGCUUGGCCCCUGAGCGGGAGCGCCUGUCAGCCUUAGGGCUUUCGACUGCAGUUAUAUCGACCAUCCAGAGUGCGAGAGCGCCCUCUACUAGGUCGCAGUAUGCGUAUAAGUGGCAGUUGUUUCAGAGUUGGUGUCUGGCUGAGAGCCACGACCAAGUCUCCUGUCCUAUGGCAGUAAUAUUGCAGUUUCUGCAGAAACUGCUGGAUGAAGGGAAAUCUCCUUCUACACUUAAAGUGUAUUUGGCCGCCAUUUCGGCUUGUCAUGUACGCAUUGACGGUUUAUCACCUGGUUGCCAUUUUUUGGCAUCUCAGUUUCUGAAAGGCGCAAGACGCUUGCGGCCUCCAAGAACGACCAGUUUACCGUCUUGGAGCCUUGAUGUGGUGCUAGAAGCCCUUACCAACGCACCAUUUGAGCCUCUCCACAGCGUGGAUAUGAAGCUCAUAUCUAUUAAGACUGCAUUUUUGCUGGCUGUGGUAUCAGCAAAACGCGUGAGCGAGUUACAUGCACUUUCAGUGCAUCCUUCUUGUACUCGUUUUGCAGGAGACGGUUCUAAGGUCUCCAUGCGCCCUAAUCCGGCCUUUUUACCAAAGGUUAUAUCCCCGUUCCACAUGAACCAGUCAGUCGAGUUGAUGGCGUUCCAUCCUCCUCCUUUUUCUUCCCCAGAGGAAGAGCGGUUACACAUGCUCUGCCCCGUGAGGGCAUUGAGGUGUUAUAUCGACCGUACAAAGACUGUGAGGCAGACGGAACAGUUGUUCAUAUGCCAUGGUUCUAGAUCUUUGGGUCAGCCGCUGUCUAAACAGCGCCUUUCCCACUGGAUAGUGGAUGCUAUUAAAUUAGCGUAUGAAUCUGCAGGCCUUCCACCACCAGGGCAGUUGAAGGCGCAUUCUACCAGGGGUAUGGCGACAUCCUGGGCCCUCUUUCGAGGGGUGCCGGUGUCUGAUAUUUGCGCGGCAGCCAGUUGGGCUACGCCGCAUACUUUCAUGAGGUUUUACAGGUUAAAUGUACUGGAUUCCUCUGCUCCACUGUUUGGAGCAUCUGUUUUACACUCUACGACGCCUCAGGAUGCGGACGUAUAGAGUGGUUGAUAGCAUGGUGUUGACUGUUCCACCUUUAAGACAGGUGUCAUUACGAGCAUAGACGCUGAGGCGCAGCUCCGCAUAUGCCUAGAUGUACUGCCUACGCAGUUGCGUUAUGACGUAAGUCUGUCCUACUGCCGAGAAUCCUCCCUCGCGACAGCUAGGGUACACUGUAUCCCAUGUUGAUGGUUAUUUUCGACUUGAAAGGGAACGAUAGGUUGCGGAUGCAACCCCGGUUCCCUGAAAGAGAAAAUAACCAUCAAGCUGCGAGGUCGCUCCGGUAGCCUUCACGGCCUGAAGAGCAAAAGAGGAAGUGCAUCCCCACGC